UGUCAACAAACAUGGCGAAGAGGGGAAGUAACACCGUCAAACCGACCUGAGUGAAUUUAGCAUCAGUAGCGAAUGGAAACUGGUUCAACUAGUAGAGAAUAAUGUUAAGCCUGGUCAGCCUCACCAAAUCACAGCGCUUGUUUUUUGGUACAAUUAUCUUACUUCUGGUUGAUAUCAUUUGGGUUGCAUCCUCAGAGCUCACUGAGUAUCUGUUUAGAAAUGAACACUACAGAAAGCCAUUUUUCAGUACCUAUGUGAAGAAUUCCAUGUUUAUGCUCUACUUGUCGGGUUUUAUCUUUUGGAAACCAUGGCGACAGCAGUGUAGAAGGAGUAAUGGGAUAUCCAGUAUAGUAACUGAAGACACCACAGAACAAGACCAGUUGAGUGAACCCAAAUAUGUACCCAUUAAUGACAGGCGUAGUGGAACUGAAUCGGAUGAUGGCUCAAUUUCAAGGUCUGUCAGAUUUAGCAGCAUAUCAGAAGUUAGACAGUUGCCAGACCAUCAUGCAGAGGAUGCAGUACUGGCCAGGCUGUCCUAUGCUGCAUCCAUACGUGCCGAGGAGGCCAGGCAGAGAGCACUGAACAGACUCACCAUUAGACAGGUUGUCAAACUCAGCCUGAUUUUCUGUAUUGUGUGGUUUUUUGGCAACCUGGCAUACCAAGAAGCUCUUAGUGACACCCAGGCAGGCAUAGUGAAUGUGCUGUCUUCCACGUCAUGUCUCUUCACUCUGGUUCUGGCAGCCAUAUUCCCUAGUUCUAGUAUUGAUAGAUUUUCACUAUCAAAAUUAACAGCAGUAUUAUUGAGUAUUGGAGGGGUUCUUCUGGUGUGUUGGGAAGAUAAAUCCAUGGAAGGCACAAUUCCCCUAGGAGCACUGUGGGCUUUGUGUGGUGCCAUAUUAUAUGCUGUGUACACUGUGAUGCUCAAAAGAAAAGUAGAAAAUGAAGAUAAAGUAGAUCUGCCAUUGUUUUUUGGAUUUGUUGGGCUAUUUAACUUCAUCAUGUUGUGGCCUGGGUUCUUUAUCCUGCACUACUCCAAGGCAGAAGUGUUCCAAUGGCCUACCAAAGAGCAGUGGUUAUUCCUACUAGUCAAUGGACUCAUUGGAACAGUACUCUCAGAUCUGCUCUGGUUAUGGGGCUGUUUCUUAACCUCAUCACUGCUAGCCACAUUAUCUCUCAGCCUUACAAUUCCAUUAACAGUGCUGGCAGACAUAAUAUUUCAGGAAAAGAGCUACACCUGGAGAUUCUAUGUAGGGACUUUUCCAGUCUUCCUCUCAUUCUUUGCUGUCACUUUAUUUUCUUAUUAUGAGAACUGGGACCCAGUGCUAUUAGCUAUUAAAAAAUGCAUUCAUUGUAUAGUAAAAGCAAGGCCACCUGUCAGGUUACGCGAUUUGGAUCAAGAACAAACUGAGAGUCUUAUAGUAAAUUCUCCUACUGGGACAUAAUAGUGGAAACCAUAUGUUAUAACCUCAUUACAACACCAUCAUACUGUGUCUCUUCUAACAAA